GAUUGGAUUAUAGAUCCCGUGACAGGCCAUUUCUAUCUCUUUUGUUAUUUUUAGCCAUUGCCAAUUGUUAUCUCUUCUCUUCUUCACUUCAAAGCUAUUGCAAACUCAACCAAUUUUAGGCCAUUCAAGGCCCUCGUUACAAGAGAAAAAAAAAAGCGAUAAUGGAAAGUGAGACAAUGUCAAAGAAGAAUCUGAAGGUGGAGAUUCCAUCAAAGACUGAAACGAAAACAGCAAGUACUGUAGAGUCUCAUGCGGCGGGGCCAGCAUCAGGGCAAGGUCAAGGUGCGCCUGGACUUAGCCGACAACCGAGUGUCACAAAGACAAAUUGCUUAUGCUCUCCAACGACGCAUCCCGGUUCAUUCCGUUGCAGGGUUCAUCGAGCCCCAAGCCUCCAGCGUACCAAAAGCAUUGAAUCUCAAUCCGCAACCCUUCAGGAUCAUACAUCUAAGCCUGAUUCUGACACUGCUGAGUAAUAAUGUAGUAUUAGUGCAGAUGUACAGGGCACCAAUAAUUCUCCUUGUAUCAUUGACUGAUCUUGUUGAUCCUACCAAAUCAGCUAAAAUAGUAUAAUUUUUCAGCGUUAUUGCCUGAGUUUUUAACUUCAGCAUGCUGGAAACAUUUAUAAAGUCGAUUCUAGGUUUCAUCAA